AUACGACGUCAACAACGAAGCAGAAGAAGAAGAGGAAGCGGGGUUAUCGUUGGCGAUGUUUGAAUCUUAGACAAAGCUAAUAAUAUACACAGCUCUAAACAAAUAUAAUCGAGGGUAAUUGACAGGUUUGUCCACAGAGCUGGUGUUGUUUGCAGACUCAUUCUCGCUACUUUGGGCUUUUGAACUGUGUCUGAGUCUAUGGAUGUGAUCCGGUGUUUGCGCUCUCUCCUGGACCUCCAUGUUCAGCUGCAGAGAGCUGUGGCCCUUCAAGGAGAAAUCCAGGCACAGUUUCUUGCUCAGCUUUUACAUCCAGACAACACGAGCCCUCAGCAGCUGUCUCUGCCACAGCUGGACUUGACCGGGGACGAUCUGGAGCUUUCCCUGUCUGUCUUCGAACGGGCUCUGGAUAACAGCAAAAUCCCGAAGAGGCAGUGGGGUUCAAGGCUGGCACAGCUCCUCUGUGUGAAGACCUCAGAUGAGGAUGAUCAUGAGCUGAGUUAUGAAGCUGUAAAGUCAGACAUGAGGAGGCAGGCAUGCUCCUUGGAGUAUCAGAGGUGGAGGGACUUUAACAUGGUCCAGUAUGAUCCACAUAGGGGGCUGCGGGAGCUAAAAGUCGGGGUGGAGGAAGCAGCAAAGAAGUGGCUCCAGCCUGAAAGGUGCAGCUCUGAGGAAGUGGUGAGAAAAGUGGCGCUGCAGAAAUUCCUCUCUCUUCUCCCACCAGAUGCAAUUGAGAAGACAAGCGAAGAGCAGCCGCAGAAUAUGGAGGAGGCUGCUGACAUGGCAGCAUCCUUCCUGGUAGAUAACAGAGCAGAAUGGGAAAAAGACACAGAGAGACAACAUGAUGAUGCGCAUACUGACCAUGUCUACUCAAGGGAUUAUAUCAUCUCCAACGAGCUGAAGAAGCUGGACUCGGAACCAGUUUUCUCGUCUGAUAGCCACAGCCUGGAAGUUACUGUUGGAGAUGAGCAUUUUAAAGAGAAAGAGGUUUCUGAUGCUAUGCUUUCCCCAUCAAUGGCUGAUAUAAAGCCAGUCCUAAAUGCUGAAGACGCACCUUCCAUUAGACAUGAUUCUCAAGUUCUGCUUCAUGGAGCCUGCUAUAGUGGCGAAUCAAUCAAGUCUUCACCAAGGCGAGCUAAUAAGAAUGGGAGCCUAACCACAGGAGCAAAAUUAAAACGCAUACUUGAUUGUCCGGACUGCGGUAGCAAGUUCAAGAGGUUUGACUAUCUAAGAAAGCACAUAUGUACUCCUGGGCAAAGUCUGGGGUGCCAACACUGCGAUCUGCGCUUUCCCUCCCUUUCCCAAUUAACUAACCACCUACGCGUGCAUCGGAAAAUGUUACACUGUCCUGAGUGCAACAAGGCUUUCAGAGACCGCUUCAACCUCCGCUGCCACCAGCGCACACACACAGGCGAGCGCCCCCAUAUCUGCUCUGACUGCGGCUCUGCGUUCGCUCAGGAGCGAGGGCUACAGGAGCACCGCAACAUCCACACCGGCGAGAGACCCUUCCAGUGCCCAGUGUGCAGGAAAGGUUUUAGCCACAGCCGCACACUUGCCAAACACGUGGUUGUCCACUCUGAGGCAAGGCCUUACAUGUGCUCUGACUGUGGCAGAGCUUUUAAGAUUAAAGACAACCUGCAUCAGCAUCAGAAGAAAAUGCACCCCAGUCAAUACUUGUGAACACACCCUAUAGCUAAAACACAGACUACUGAAUGAUCAUGCAAUUUACAAGCAGAAGUGGUUGCAAAUAUACACAGUUUAUACUGCCAGUGACAUUUAAGACCUCUCUCUUCACAGAUACAGUGAGGGGAAAUAAAUGUUUGGACACUUUUGUUGCCAAUUGCAGUUUUGAGACUUUUGCGAUAAAGUGGGUUUUUGCUGCAUUGUGGUUUAGUUUUGGCCCAUUACUCUUGGCAAAUUUCCUUCAAUUUUCAAGUUAUGAGGGUCUCUUUGAUAGACUCGUAAUUUCAAAAUCCUCCUUUAAUAAAGUCAGGAGACUGAUUAGAGUCUAGACCAUGCCAGAACCACCUCCUUUUUUUUUAGAAAGCAGUUUUGAGUUAGGUUGUCUGGAUGUCUGGGAUUGUUGUUUUGUUGAAAUGUCCAUAUUCCCCCCCAGAUACAGUGUUUUGGCAGAUGAUCUUCAGUUCUCCUCUAAUAUGUACUAGUACAUCACACUUCAUGUUCCCUUCGAUGACAUGUCAUGCCCCAUUACUGUUUGCAGAGAAGCAGCUACAUAUUUAAAAUACUUUAUUGUUCAUAUUUAUAAGUAUGAAGCCAAAAGACAUACUUAAACACAAGGACAUUGUGUGUGUAGAUUUUAGAUUUUUAGUGGAUAUGUGCACUGAAAGUAUACUAAAUAACAAAAACAAAUGUGUCUGAAUAAAUAUUUCUGCUUACAGUAUA